AUGUCUCUAACCACUCUGCCUUCACUUCCUGAACCCGUUCUACACCUAAUUUGCAUCUAUCUCACGCCGGAUCGCCCCAGCGUCAACGACCCGGAAAAUGGCCAAUCACCUACACUUUACCGCCCAAUAAUCAGCCUUUCACUGACCGCGCAUGCCCUAAAUCGCAUCUCCUCAACCCACAUCGCGACAAAUAUGAGCCUGACAUGGGGCACUAUCCGUUGGGACCUCUUUCUCCGCACCGUGCUCGAAAACCCAGUCUACGCAUCCACCGUCAAGUACCUCAAACUCAGCGAGCUCAGCCUAGAUGAGCAAGAUUUGGUUAGACCAACAAAGUGGCAAGGCGGCACAGACGAUCUCACAGAAAUGUUCAAAGCACUAUCCGGAUUGCAAACGCUCUACUCGUCGCACUGCAGGCUACUCUACCCCGACUCCAUCAUCUAUCGCCUUACGUCUCAAAAAAUGCCGCUGUGGAAAACGCUCCAGGUCGUGCGAUUCGACCAUAUCAACGCCUGGGGUGAGGACCGCAUCGCGCAAUUGAACUUGCACCGCGAACGCACAAAAGAUAAUGAACACGGUGAACCGAGCAAGUACACGAUGGGAAACGGACUGCUUACUGGCUCUCUGGCGCGCUUGAGUAUCUUGGACUUUCACAAGAUACCCGAGGUCACUAAUGUGGUUGCUACUACACGCGAUUUUGAAGACGACGGGGAUACGGAGGGGGAUGCGGAUUGGGUUGAUGAGGAUGCGGAAAAGGAGGAGGGAGAGGAUUGGAGUGAUGAUGAUGAUGAUUAUGAGUAUGAGAGCGAGGAUAGCGAGUGGGAUUCGGAAGAUGACAGCGAUUAUGAGGAUGAUUGGGAGGCGGAGUAUGGGUUCAGUGUGCCUAGCGCUCAGCCUGUGAAGGAGGGGCUGCCGACGCCGGCCGUUGGCUUGUCUGCUCCAGGGAAGAGUUUGUUGGAUUUUUAA